AUGUUCUUUAUGUUUAUUUUAAUAUAUCCAGAUGUAACCGCGAGAACUCUCGUCAUCCACAGUGCAUUCCUUCAGACCAUCAGCAAUGGCACCUACCUGGGUGUAUGCCUUUCUGUGGGUGUGGAUGAGGGAGUGGCAAACGUCUGUCGACUGUUCAUGCCAGUGUCAGCACCCAGCGCUGAAAACUGUCAAAUAAAUGCAACCGCUGGCCUGGCCUUCAACGACACGGUGUGCGUCUGGUGCGAUGAGCAAGAACCCCAACUAUCACCCAACUUUUAUCGCUUCUCAGGUUAG